UUACCAGCUCUCCAGUCUCAAACAUCGAAACUGGAGCUGAGGUUUGCUGCAUAUUCAUGAAGAUGAGCAAACAAAACUGACAAGUUUUGCUAUAUGAAUCAUCUUCUACUGAAACAAAUAUUCUCCUUAACAAAUCGAUUCAGCUUCAAAACCUACUCUUCAAAUUCAAAGAAAUGGAACUCAAAUCCGAACCCAAAUCUCGUAAUCACGCACCCAAUUCUUCUUCUCACCGAAGCUUGCAAUUCCAUGUCGCAAGCGAAGCAAAUUCACGCCCAAAUGAUGCGCACCGGCCUCGUUUUCCAUCGCUUUCCAAUCAGCAGGCUCCUAUCCUUUAUCGCACUCGACGAAAGGGGAAAUCUUCGAUAUGCAAAUGCUCUUUUCUCUCAAAUUCCCGAACCCAAUGUGUAUAUCUGGAAUACAAUAAUAAGGGGCUGCGUUAAGAAAGGGUUUUCUGAGUUGGGGUUUUGUUAUUUCGUUACAAUGGUUAGAGAACGCGUGGAGAUGGAUAGGAGGAGCUAUGUUUUUGGGCUGAAAUCGUGUGAAGGUUUGGGGGAUUUGAGAGCGGGAGAGUGUGUUUAUUGUAGGAUUUGGAAAUCUGGGUUUGUGGGGGAUGUUAUUGUGAGGAAUGAAUUGAUACAUUUUUACUGCGAGAAGGGGAAAUUGAGCUGCGCGGAUCGAGUUUUCCGCGAGAGUGAGAUUAGGGACGUGGUUUCUUGGACUAGUAUGAUUGAUGGGAGUGUGAAAAAUGGCAUGAUCGAUAAUGCAUUAAAGAUGUUUGAUGAAAUGCGUGAGACUGAUGUGGAACCUAAUGAUGUUACAAUGGUGGCUGUAUUCUCCGCCUGUGCUCAGAGGGGGGAUUUGAGGUCUGCAGAGAGGGCUCGUGAGUUCGCGGAGAUGAGAGGGUUUAGGUUUAGUUUGAACAUGAUGAAUGCCAUGAUGGAUAUGUAUGUGAAAUGUGGGGGUGUGGAGAAGGCUAAGGAGAUCUUUGAUAAGAUGGAGGUGAGGGAUGUGUUCUCUUGGACUAGCAUGAUAAACGGCCAUGGGAGAAACGGGGAGGUUGAGAUGGCUAGGAAGGUGUUUGAUGAGAUGCCGGAGAAGAAUGUGGUUUCUUGGACAGCGAUGAUAGGGGCAUACUCGCAGAAUAAUAGGCCGAUGGAGGCUUUGAAGUUGUUUUCUGAGAUGGAGAUAGAAGCUUUUGCUCCUAUGGAGAGUACUUUGGUGUUGGUGCUCUCAGCGUGUGCUCAAUCUGGUCGUAUGGAUGUAGGGCAACGAAUCCAUGAUCACUAUGUGAAGGAGAAACGGAUUCCUCUUAGUACAAUUCUAGGUAAUGCAUUUGUUGAUAUGUAUUCCAAAUGUGGGAGCAUUGAUUUAGCUAGGGAGAUAUUUGAUGAGACGAGGAAGAAAGAUUUGGUGUCCUAUAACUCCAUGAUUGUGGCGUAUGCAUCUCAUGGUCAUGCUGAGAAGGCACUAGGCCUGUUUGAGCUUAUGGUGGAGCUCGGAUUCAAGCCUGAUAAUAUCACAUUUGUGGGUAUUUUAUCGGCUUGUGCCCACAGAGGGCUAGUCGAGGAAGGUUGGGUCUACUUCAGGGAUAUGGAGGCAUUUGGGGUCACUCCUGCAAUGGAGCAUUAUGCUUGUAUGAUUGAUUUACUCGGGAGAGUAGGGCUAUUGGAAGAGGCGUAUAGUUUGAUAAACUCGAUGGGGAUGGAGGCGGACCAAGCCAUUUGGGGUGCCCUUCUUAAUGGGUGUCGGAUGCAUGCCAAUGUUGAGUUGGGGAAGCUUGCUGCAGAGAAGCUUAUGGUUUUGGAUCCGGGAGAUAGUGGGACGUAUGUGCUGCUAGCUAGCUUGUGUGCAGAUAAGAAGAAAUGGAGCGAUGUGAGGGUCGCUAGAAGUAGGAUGAGGGAGAAGGGUGUGAAGAAGACACCGGGGUCGAGCUUGAUCGCGGUGGAGGGCAAAUUUCAUGAGUUUCUAGUUGCAGAUGAAUCACAUCCUGAUUCUGAUAGUAUAUACAGAGUUUUAGAAGAGAUUUUGCUGUUUUCAAAGAUGGAUGAUUGUAAAUUGGAUGAUUACCAAAAUCAUAUUGUUACAUUUUUGUAGACAUUUUUCUGAGUUGGAAUGUUGAGAAUUUUGGCUAAA